UUUUAAAAAAAUGGCGACACUAGCAGCUUCCUCUUGCCUCCUCUCAUGUCUCCUUGUUUUGUUCUUGAGUUCAGUUUCAGCAGUCACAGAUGAUGAUAAACAGGUAUAUAUUGUCUACAUGGGCUCACUUUCGUCUCGAGCGGACUACACACCAACGUCCGAUCACAUGAGUAUUCUUCAAGAGGUCACCGGAGAAAGUUCGAUCGAAGGUCGUUUGGUGAGAAGUUACAAGAGGAGUUUCAACGGUUUCGCGGCCAGGCUCAGUGAGUCAGAACGAGAAAAAGUUGCCAAAAUGGUGGGAGUUGUUUCUGUAUUCCCAAAUAAGAAGUUACAACUUCAAACGACGACGUCUUGGGACUUCAUGGGGUUAAAGGAAGGAAAGAAGACAAAGAGGAACCCUACCGUGGAAAGUGAUACAAUUAUUGGAGUUAUCGACAGUGGGAUCACGCCGGAAUCUCUGAGCUUUUCCGACAAAGGCUUUAAUCCUCCUCCUAAGAAAUGGAAAGGUGUUUGUUCCGGCGGCGAAAAUUUCACAUGCAACAACAAGUUGAUUGGGGCAAGAGACUACACAAGCGAAGGUUCUAGGGACACGGAAGACGUCGCCUUCAUUCACCCUUUACCUGCCGCUGGUUUACUAACAGAAGACUUUGAGUCUCUCCUCUCUUACCUUGAAUCAGCAGAUUCUCCACACGCGACUGUUCUAAAAACUGAAGCAAUCUUUAAUCGGCCAUCUCCUGUUAUUGCUUCCUUCUCUUCUCGCGGGCCAAACACCAUCGCUGUUGAUAUUCUCAAGCCAGAUAUAACAGCACCAGGAGUGGAGAUUCUUGCUGCAUAUUCGCCUGAUGGUGAACCGUCUCAACAUGACACCAGACAUGUGAAGUACUCUGUUCUCUCUGGAACUUCAAUGUCUUGUCCGCACGUUGCAGGGGUGGCCGCGUAUGUCAAAACGUUUUACCCUAAAUGGUCUCCUUCCAUGAUUCAGUCUGCCAUCAUGACAACCGCUUGGCCUGUAAAUGCUACUAGAACUGGCAUCGCAUCGACCGAGUUUGCUUAUGGAGCUGGACAUGUCGACCCGAUAGCCGCUUCAAACCCUGGACUUGUCUAUGAAUUAGACAAAGCAGACCACAUCGCCUUUCUCUGCGGCAUGAACUACACUUCGCAUGUCCUGAAAGUCAUCUCUGGUGAAACCGUCACUUGCUCCGAGGAAAAAGAAAUCCUACCAAGAAACCUCAACUAUCCUUCAAUGUCGGCCAAAUUGUCAGGAUCUGGUACCACCUUCACUGUAACUUUCAACAGAACCUUGACUAAUGUCGGCACGCCAAACUCUGCAUACACAUCAAAGGUAGUGGCGGGUCACGGAUCUAAGCUCGACGUCAAGAUCAUGCCUAGUGUUCUGUCUUUUAAGGCAGUGAACGAGAAGCAAUCUUUUAUGGUCACUGUUACAGGCAGCGAUCUCGACCCUGAAGUCCCUUCGUCUGCAAAUCUAAUCUGGUCUGACGGUACCCAUAACGUGAGGAGUCCCAUUGUUAUUUACACUAGUGAUUACUGAUGAGUCAUCACUAAUUCACCAUCGUCAUCAUAAAUAAAUUUUUAUUUUGUUGUAAUGUUUCUUCAUUCUAUGUUUUGGUUAUAUUAUUGCUCUUUGAUGUCUCGGCUUACUAUAUGUAUGUUGAUGUCUUGAGAUAUGCUAAUUGGAUAAUCGAGAUGCUUUGUUUUUUUUUA